UAAGAACUUAUAUAUAUCAGCGAAUUAAACAACAACUUAGUUAAAGAAAAAAUGAGCGUCAAAGUAGCAACAGGUCGUAUCCGGGUUGGGAAAUACGAAUUGGGUAAAACUAUUGGAGAAGGAAGCUUUGCCAAGGUCAAGUUCGCCAGGGAUGUCGACAACGGCAACCACGUUGCCAUCAAAAUCCUCGACCGUAAACAUGUUCUCCGCCACAACAUGACGGAACAGCUGAUGAGAGAAAUAUCAACGAUGAAGCUAAUCAAUCACCCAAACGUUAUUAAAAUAUUUGAGGUGAUGGCAAGCAAAACAAAGAUUUUCAUUGUCCUGGAGUUAGUUAACGGGGGAGAACUAUUUGACAAAAUAGCUUCAAAUGGGAGACUUAAAGAAGAUGAAGCAAGAAAUUAUUUCCAACAACUUAUUAAUGCUGUUGACUACUGUCAUAGUAGAGGCGUGUAUCACAGAGAUUUGAAGCCUGAGAAUCUUCUUCUGGACUCAAAUAGUGUUCUUAAAGUUUCAGAUUUUGGAUUGAGUACAUACUCACAGAAAGAGGAUGAACUACUCCGCACCGCAUGUGGAACCCCGAAUUAUGUUGCUCCUGAGGUGCUUAAAGAUAGAGGUUAUGUUGGUUCUACAUCUGAUAUCUGGUCUUGUGGAGUCAUUCUCUUUGUACUUAUGGCUGGUUACUUGCCUUUUGAUGAGCCAACUCAUAUGGCUCUGUACAGGAAAAUUGGCAUGGCAAAAUUCUCUUGUCCAUCAUGGUUUCCGCCACAGGCAAAGAAACUGCUGAAACGCAUUCUUGAUCCAAACCCUCUAACGGUUUGCUUUAAACUUUUGCUUGAAAGGAUAAAAAUUCCUGAGCUCUUAGAAGAUGAAUGGUUCAAGAAAGGAUACAAGCAAGCAUCAUUUACUGAGGAAGAGGACCUAAGUGUAGAGGAUGUAGCCGUUGCUUUCAAUGUGUCUAAUGAAAAUCUAGUGACAGAGAGAAAAGAGAAACCCGUCUACAUGAAUGCUUUUGAGCUAAUUUCUGGUUCACAAAGUUUCAAUCUCGACAGUUUGUUUGAGAAGCAAAAGGAUCAAGUAAAGCGAGAAACCCGAUUUACUUCACAGUGCCCUGCAAAUGAAAUUAUGUUUAAAAUCGAGGAAGCAGCGAAGCCACUGGGCUUUAAUGUACAGAAGCAAAAUUAUAAGAUGAAGCUGCAAGGUGACAAGAGCGGGAGGAAGGGUCACCUUUCAGUGGCUACUGAGGUUUUUGAAGUGGCUCCCUCCUUGCACAUGGUGGAGCUGCGAAAGACAAGGGGUGAUACACUGGAGUUUAAUAAGUUCUACAAAAUCUUCUCAUCAGGGUUGCAAGACAUAGUCUGGCAUACUGAACCAAAAAAAUGAAGAAUUAAGGUAUCACCUACAUACAUAUAUAUAUAUCCUAACUCGUAAGAAAGAGAACGUUUUUGCUGUUUCCUUCGGCCAGGUGCUUUGCUAAAUCUGGAACUUUGGAUGUACGUUAAAAGGAUAUCGUCUCUUCAUCUUUGACGUGGUACUCUUAAAAUUUGAGUAGUGUAUUCAGUGUAAAUGGGGAAAAGAAAAUAGUAUUAGUGAAAUAGGCUUGGAGUGUGGUACAGUAAUAGUAUCUUACCACGUCUUAGUAUCAAACAUAAUUGCCACCAUUGCUGUACUCAGAUUUGGAUUUUCUGCGUCUUUUCAACCACGUACUGCAAUAUCUGCAGGUAACCCUAA